GAGGCGACAGGCGGGCCUCCGGCUAAACCGUUCUCAGGAGAUUAAGCAUCCACAUGUCCCGCCAGCAGGGAGGCUAUCCCACUUUGCGAGACGCUCCUUCCUCACUCUGGAAAGGAAACGUUGAAUUGAUCGUUUUGCAGCAACGUGAAGUCAACUACCAGGCCCACCACUGGAGGUUCCCGGGGUCACCAUGCCUGGUGAUGGACUGACCAUCAAGAGCCGCAUCAGGAAGUUGCUGAGCUCGCCGUCGGACAAACAUGGGAAAGACUGUAGGGACAACCUGGCCAGCAAGGUUACGUUGGAAAAGGUUCUAGGCAUCACUGCUUUGGGCAACAGCUGCCUGGCCUGUGACCCCAAAACUGGACUGGUGGCUUAUCCUGCAGGGUGUGUUGUGGUAUUGCUGAACCCCAGAAAGAACAGACAGCAGCACCUCAUCAACACGUCAAGGAAGACCAUCACGGCUCUGUCCUUCUCUCAGGAUGGCAAAUACCUGGUCACAGGCGAGAGCGGCCACCUUCCCGCCGUGCGACUGUGGGACGUGUCGGAGCGCCGGCAGGUGUCUGAACUCCAAAAGCAUGAAUACGGCGUCUCCUGUGUGGCGUUCUCACCCGACGGCAAGCACAUCGUCAGCGUGGGCAACCAGCACGACAUGAUGGUUAACGUCUGGGCGUGGAAAAAGGAUGUGGUCAUCGCUGCCAACAAGGUGUCCAGCAAGGUAACGGGCGUGUCAUUCUCUGAGGACAGCUCUUACUUUGUUACCGUGGGCAACAGACAUGUCAAGUUCUGGUAUCUGGACCACUGCAAGGCCAGUAAGGCCAGCACCCCGAUGCCUUUGCUGGGCCGUUCGGGUCUGCUGGGUGAGCUGAGGAACAACUUCUUCUGCGACGUGGCCUGUGGACGAGGCCAAAAGUCCGAGUCCACCUUCUGCGUCACGUUCUCUGGCCUGCUGUGCGAGUUCAACGGCAACAGGAUGCUGGAUAAGUGGGUGGACCUGCAGACCAGCGUGGCUCAGUCACUGUCUCUGUCCUGGGACCGGAUCUUCUGCAGCUGUGCUGACGGAACAGUACGAGUCUUCAGCCCACUAGACCUACGUUUUGUCUGCACACUGCCUCGACCACACCCCCUCGGAGCAGACGUCGCGUCCGUCACCCAAGCCAGUCACUUACUCUGCAGCCAGAUGGAUGCCCGUUACCCGGACGCCACGGCCGUAACAUACGACCCCAUCAGCCGCUGGCUAAGCUGUGUAUACGCCGACCACAGCGUGUUCGUGUGGGAUGUCACCGACCUCACCCGGGUGGCCAAGGUCCACUCUGCCCUCUUCCAUGCCGCCUGUGUAUGGGACCUAGAGAUGUUUCCGGAUAUUCCUGGGGAGAUGGUGGCGAGUGUGCGGCCCGUGUGCGCAUUUCUCAGCUGCUCGUCCGACAGCACCAUCAGACUGUGGCACGUGGAUGAGCGCACCCAUGUUCAUUCUCGGAACAUCCUCAGCACUGACCUCCUCAAGAUCAUCUAUACGGGCACGAGCACGGCUGCCUUGCAGGAAGCAGAAAAUCUGACCAACACGGAUGGACAGCCGGUGGAAAGCAGGGUGGGCGUCCGCACUAUCUGUGUCAGCCCAGAUGGGAAACACUUGGCGUCCGGAGACCGCGACGGAAUUCUCAGAAUCCAUAACCUCAGCAGCAUGGAGGAGAUUCUUAAAGUGGAAGCUCAUGAUGCUGAAAUCCUCUGUCUGGAAUACAGCAAACCACAAACAGGUCUGCAACUUUUGGCCACGGCAAGCAGAGAUCGUCUAAUUCACGUGCUGGAUGCCACCUCCGACUACAGCCUUGUGCAAACGCUGGACGAGCACUCGUCCUCCAUCACGGCCGUACGCUUCGCCGCCACUGACGGCAAAGUGAGGUUGAUCAGUUGUGGGGCAGAUAAAAGCAUCUAUUUCCGCACCGCACACACGAACGACACAGGAACGGAGUUCAGGUGUUCUCACCACACGGUGAGGAAGACCACACUGUACGACAUGGGCGUGGAACCCAGCUGCAAACACGUGGCGGUGGGCUGCCAGGAUGUCAGGUGUUUUUGUAUCAACAGGAUCUUCAACAUCAGCAAUGGCAAACAGAAGAAACUGUACAGAGGAUCACUCUGUGAUGACGGCAGCCUGCUUAGGGUUCAAAUAGAUCCGUCUGGUCAGUACGUGGCUGCUAGCUGCUCCAACAAAAACAUCAGCAUCUUUGACUUUCGCACUGGAGAGUGUGUUGCCACCAUGUUUGGCCAUUCAGAAAUUGUGACUGGUCUGAGGUUCACCAACGACUGCAAGCAUUUGAUCAGCGUGUCAGGGGACAGCUGCAUAUUUGUAUGGCGUCUGGCUCCAGAGUUGACCAUAAGCAUGCAACAGAAGCUGUUUCAGCUCCGACAGCCACUCAAGAGUGCCGGCUUCAGGCGAGAGGUGCACAGCGCUCCUGCUCUGGUGGGGCUCUCCUCAGACAGCGAGCGCGACGACGAGGACGGCGCCGUCCACCGAGACUCCGAUGGCCGCGAAGACGACUCCAGUAACAACGCGUUCACUGACAGCAGCCACGGAGAAGAUGACGCGUGCGGCUCGGAAGAAGCACCUUACUGGGAGCCAGCAAAACCCGACUUAGCCACGCCAGUCGCCAGUCGUCGUCCUCGCCGUCGCUGGUCUCAUCGAAGGGGCUCUCUGGAGCUGAAGGUUAAGUCCAUGUUAGAACUGAGGCAGCUGGAGACCUUCACUCCCAGCAAUCACGCCGACACGGAAGCAUGCAGUAGCACCCCCGUUCUCCACGACUCCGUUCUGAGCUCGGAUCGCCCCGAUAAAAAAAACUUACGUCAGCCUAUCGUCGGCUGUGAUUGGCUAUCGCCUGAAGGCGCGGAGAGUUCCGAAAUGAUCUGGGUGGUGAGGGAGGAUGACGAAGAUGAUGCGGCUCUACAAGAUAGGAAGCGUCAGGUGCACAGACAGAGCCAGGACAGCUAUAGCCCGGACAGCGCCUGCUCGAUGGGCUAUGACAGCCGAGGAACCAGUCCCGAUGGCAUCCUGCAUGAUUCUGCAGACAACGCGUCCCUUAGCCCGGGCAGCUCGGAGGAUGAGCAAGAAGAGGGAGCAAAGGCAAAGGCGGCCAUUGUGGACGAGGCCGGACAAGAAGAUUUCCUCAGGCAGAAUUUUGAGACACUGGCGGACGCCUGCAACCCAGCCGAGCUGAGCAGAGUCCUGAGGCUCAGCAUUUCUUCACGCUUCCUGGCCAGAGGAGAUCACAGCAGGCGAGAGCCUCUGUUUUCCAAAGCAGGCCACGGGCUCUCCCACAAGCCUCCUGUUUCCAAAGUGCGCCCCUUGAUGGAAAACGAGCAAAGCAGUACCACAGAGGACAAGAGCCCUGUGUCCCCGAGCGUCUCCCAGGGGCCAAAGCUCGUCACAGACUCCACAGUCAUCCUGAGACCCCAGAAGAAGACCACAUUGGGGUCCCACAUUUGGAGAUUCUCCACGCCGCCAUCCAAACCUCCGCUGCCUGACAGAAACGCCAGUCUGCAUAAGUCCCAGUCCGUUCAGAACCUCACCAUCGCCUCUCCGCGAUCUCCGCUGCCCUGUGAGAAUAAGGAAUCGGGCAAAAGACCCCAGUAUCUCCUCCUGGACCGAGGCCCUCUCAAAGCCUCGUCGGCGCGCGCGUCUUCGCCCUCGCCAGGUUCGCCGCAGUCUCCUUGCUCCUACAUGAACCCCACAGCCAGCUCCAUGGCCAAAAGCAGCCGCUCAUUAUCCGUGGGUGAGGGCGUCCACAUCGGCCUCGACCUCCCCCACUUCCCCAAGGCCCGUAGGUCCUGGGGGGAUCUGGACGUAGUAGAGACGUCUUGGCAUCCCCUCGCUGCCGUCACGCCGACGUCCUCUCGAAUCCCUCAGCCCAAGCAGCCUCUCAGCCCUCGACGCAGCUUGGAGCUGAAAGCUGGCUCCUUUUGUCAGGGAAGUCCAACAAAAGCUUCCUCUCCCACCGUGGGACCAGCGUGUGAGGUCGCAUCCUACACAGGUUCAGCAGAGAAGAACAAAGUGUCGACUUCCGAAGGCUCGUCGCCUGAAGUGCUCCCCGUGGUGGUGGAACAUCCACUCACACAUUCAGGUCUUUCUCCUCCCGCCGACCUGUCGUUUCCGAGCUCUCCGUUUCCAUUCCUUCGACCUCCUACUCCUCUUCGUCCUUUUCGUCGUCACUCUGCUUCGCACUGGCCGCCGCAAGCUUGCGUUUCGACCUCUCUGUCUCCGAUGGCCUCCCGGCAGUGCCAUGCCGGUGAUUCCAUUACUUUGGAAGUGUGCAAGCAGGCCGCAAGUGAGCUUCAUUGCAGUCUGAGGCGAACCGUCACGCUCUACACCGAGGUGCUCCACAGCUCUCCGGACUGCGGAGAAGAAGUCUGUCAGGAGAUGGUGAAGGUUUUGUCUGGGGCGUUGACGUCGACCAAGGCCGAGCUGGACCUGUUGCCGAGUUCCUGGCCACCCAACAGUGCCCCCUGGGGCUCAGAGGUCAAAGGUGAAGGUGACAAAGCCCUGGCUCUGUUGGAGCAGUAUGCAGAGCUCUUGCUCAAGUCAGUGGAGAGAAAGCUGGAGAGCAAGAUGUGAAACAGAGGGCGAGCUUCUAUUUUCAAAACGCCGAUGGUUGCUCUAAUUUUCUAAACGACAGUUGUUGCCUUAGCUCUUUUUCGCUUGUUUUUUACAUGUUGAAAUUGUCUUUUUAAAACAAUACAGUCUACAAUACAAAUUCAGAAAACCAGUUUCUGUUUUCCACAAAAAAAGGCGGUUGGCUACCCUACAAAAAAAAAACCAAAAAACAAAAAAAGGAUUUAAAACAAAUGCGCAACUAGGGGAAUCCACAGGUGCCGGCCUGCAAGUAUGUGGGAGUUGACAAUCGUGGGCCGCUCGCUGCCCAUUCCUGAACUUAGCUAAAAGUAAAUAUAACAAUCAGAAACUUAAUUGUGAAAAAAAAUAAUAUAUAUUAUAAAUUGUGCAACAUUUUUGAUGUUGUGUGUUUGAUGAUUGUUUCUAUGUGCAUUGUACAUAUAAAGUCCAUGAAAUGGGAAAAAAA